AUGCAGGAGUGUGAGACCAUCCUUUGCCUUUCGGUCUACAUCAUCACCUUCAUCACAGGCUUCCCAAGCAACAUCCUGGCCUUCUACACGUUCAGCUGCAAGGUGUGGAGAAAGCCAGCUCCCAUCGAUAUCCUCCUGCUCAACCUGACCAUCUCUGACCUCCUAUUCCUUCUCUUCCUGCCUUUUAAGAUGCAAGAAGUGGUUGACAAUCUGCACUGGAACAUGCCAUAUUUCCUGUGCCCGCUGUCUGGCUUCAUCUUCUACAUGACCAUCUACAAUAGUACAUUUUUUCUCACUGCUGUAAGUGUCGAGCGCUAUCUGGGCGUUGCUUUUCCCAUCCAGCAUUCGUUAAGACGACGACCCAUCUAUGCCGUGGUGGCCUCCGUCUUCCUCUGGAUGCUCUCCAUGCUCCAUCUUAGCAUCGUCUACAUAGUACCGUACUACAACCCAGCUGGAACAGGUUCAGCACCUAGGAAUGUGUGCUAUGAGGAAUUUACAGAUGCCCAGCUGCGUAUUCUGCUGCCUGUACGCUUGGAGCUGUGCGUUGUGCUGUUCUGCAUCCCGCUGCUCAUCUGUACCUUCUGCUACAUCAACUUCAUUCACAUCCUGUCACGUUUGCCAAACAUUGGCAGACGGAGGAAGCUUCGAGCCAUUGGACUUGCCUUGGGCACGCUGCUGGUGUUUGCUCUGUGCUUUGGACCCUACAAUGUCUCGCAUGUGGUGGGUUUCAUCAACAAACGCAGCCCUGCCUGGAGAGACAAGGCACUGCUACUCAGCACUUUCAACGCCUGUCUGGAUCCACUCAUCUUUUACCUGUCGUCGGCAGCCGUCCGGACCAUGUUGACAUCAAUGGUCCAGGGUGUGUGGCACAAAAUAAAGGCAGGUUGUAGCAUUCUUUUCUGCUGGAGACUGAAAAAAGAUGGGCAUGAGAGUACAAAAAAUUCAUUUCCAAUACCUGCUGAAAUUAACGCUCUUUGA